UUGGAUCUUCAUAUCCACAUAGUUUUGGUAUAUACGUGUUAUUUACAGUGUAAAGAAUUAAACCUGUAAGAUAUUGGCUUGGUUUUCAUGUCGAGAAGUUUAUUUUUAAUUUGCUCUGCUUGAGUGCUAGCGCUAAUGUGAGCUAGUUGGCUCAAACCGGUGUCACUCGGGGCCCUUAUUAUAUACAUGUCAAGAUGGUUCAGCGCCUGACUUACCGCCGUAGGCUGUCCUACAACACCACCUCCAACAAGACCAGGCUAUCCCGGACCCCUGGUAACCGGAUCGUAUAUCUGUACACCAAGAAGACUGGCAAGGCUCCCAAGUCAGCAUGUGGAAUCUGCCCCGGUAGACUGCGUGGUAUCCGUGCAGUGAGACCUCAGGUUCUGAUGAGGCUCUCAAAGACCAAGAAGCAUGUGAGCAGAGCCUAUGGUGGUUCCAUGUGUGCCAAAUGUGUGCGUGACAGGAUCAAGCGUGCUUUCCUUAUUGAGGAGCAGAAGAUUGUUGUCAAAGUUCUCAAGGCACAGGCACAGAGUCAGAAAGCGAAGUAAAUGAGUGUUUGUACUUUAAAAUAAAUGUUUCGGAACAGA